AUAAAAAUAUAAUAGAUGCAUUCAAAAAAAACACAUCUAAUGUAAAGUCAAUGCAUCAGUGAUAAUAUCUUUUAGAAUUUUAGGUAGCUUUAGUUUUGUUAUGGGUUAGGGUUAGAGGUUAAAUAUUUGAUGUAACGUGAGGUUUCUUCUUCUUCUUUCAAAUAUAAAUUCUUCAGAUUGAAAUAAUAUGUUCUGUUGAGAAUGAGUGGUCCUGACUUAGUGAGACAACGUGUGGACGACAAACAGAAGACACAGCCUUGACUGUUGAGACCCAGUCUGUGUGUUUACUGUGAUGGACAGUAGACAAAUGUCCUCAGAGACACCAGGAGCACAGGUGAACUAACGCCCGUCAGGGUUCGUUUACAGCGAGGACAGAGAUGUUGUUAAUAAUCAGAAUAAUAAUGGCAUUGGCUCUGGAUCUGGAUCCUGCAGACCUGGAGUCACAGGUUUGUUUACAGCGAGGACAGAGGUGUUGUUAAUAAUCAGAAUAAUAAUGGCAUCGGCUCUGGAUCUGGAUCCUGCAGACCUGGAGUCACAGCCACGUGUGACACUAAAUAUAAACACUGUUAAUUGACAUUCUUUGUUUCCGUUUCAGCUGAAAAAGCACAAGCAACAUUUUGGACACGUCACCAGUCUGGAGACUCCACAAUCUGCUAACACCAAGGGCAGAUGGACGACGCUGAUCCCUCGCUCUGGAGGUGUGGAGAGAGAGAGAGGGAGGAGCGAGAGAACGAGAGCAUGAGACCAUGGAUGAGUCACUGAAAAGAACAAAGUGAUCGUCAACUCUGACCCCGACGAGGAGAAAAAUCCCUUUUCAAACACGUCGGAUCCAACAAACGUCACCUGGGAAAUUCCAGGACAAAUUCAGAUACUGACUCUAAAUUGGAGCCGAUGGAUUCACCGGGCGCCCGUGGUGGAUAUGGAGGAGUUGAUGUUCAGCUCUUUAUCUGGGACGCUUAGCGCCUUUGGAACCAGACGUCAACAAACAACACGGGAUGUUUUGUCUCAUCGGGAACCUGAAGAACUUGUGUGUCCAAUUAACUGACGACUGGCAAGAAAUGGUACUUUAGUAGAAUUCAACUGCAGGUCAUUUGUUCCCUGUUUGUUGUCCUUCCCUUUUCUAACACUUAAACCAUCGCUGGUGCAAGUAAAACCGGAGGAUUCAGCUCCGGUGUGGUUUUUGGGAUGAGAGGGCCAGUGAGAUCCCUUCUGGGCGGGUUCAGCUCCAGCACCACCACCUCCUCCUCCUCCCUGGAGGCUGGCGGCCAGAUGUCUUGGCCAAGCAACAGCCCCCUGGACCUCAACCAAACCCUGCCGUGGGGGAGCGUCGGAGGUGGUGGAGCGGCGGCGGCGGUCAUGAGCGCAGGUGUGGAGAAUUUCACCCAAGAGUCUGUCAUCAGAGAAGUGAUCAAAGAGAAAAACUGGCCGGCGCUGCUCAUCCUCAUCAUCAUUGCGCUGACGAUCGGCGGCAACAUCCUUGUCAUCCUGGCGGUGUCGCUGGAAAAAAAACUCCAAAAUGCCACUAACUUCUUUCUGAGGUCGCUGGCCGUGGCGGACAUGCUCGUCGGCAUCCUGGUGAUGCCGAUCUCCCUGAUCAACAUCCUCUACGAUUACGCCUGGCCUCUGCCCAGUUGUCUGUGUCCGAUCUGGAUCUACCUGGAUGUCCUGUUCUCCACCGCCUCCAUCAUGCACCUCUGCGCCAUCUCCCUGGACCGAUACGUUGCCAUACGCAACCCCAUCGAGCACAGCCGCUUCAACUCCAGAACCAAAGCCAUGAUGAAGAUCGCCGCCGUUUGGACCAUAUCUAUAGGUGUCUCCAUGCCAAUCCCUGUCAUCGGCCUCCACAAUGAGGACAAGGUCUUCGUCAACGGCAGCUGUGUCCUCAAUGAGGAACGCUUUAUGCUGAUUGGCUCCUUUGUGGCCUUCUUCAUCCCACUGGUCAUAAUGGUGGUGACGUACUGCCUCACCAUACAGGUGCUCCAGAGGCAGGCCACUGUCUUCCUGUAUGAGGCAAAGUCUUCCUCCCAGCAGCCUUUGCACACACCAGUAAUGACAAACACGUUGCAGCCUCCAUCCAGCACCUUCCACCUUCCUCAGAUCAACACACCAGACUCACAAGAGUUGAAGCCUCCGCCCCCUCAGAGCAGACGAAACACCCUGAGCUGUCUGAAAGGGGUGGAGCCGAGCAUGUUGCUCAGCGCCUCCACGUCAGACAGCAUAAGCAUCAUUCCCAGCUCUGAGGCGGCGUCUCAGCUCAGCUCACCAGCCACGGGGCCGGGGCGAAGUGACACGGCGGGUUGCCACGGGCGACGGGGGAUGAUGCAGGCCAUAAAGAACGAGAGGCGAGCGUCCAAGGUUCUGGGAAUCGUCUUCUUCCUCUUCCUCAUCAUGUGGUGCCCGUUCUUCAUCACAAACGUCACGUUCGUGCUGUGCAGAGGCUCCUGCAACGAGUCACUGCUCAACGACCUGCUCAAUGUCUUUGUGUGGGUGGGUUACAUCUCGUCUGGGGUCAACCCUCUGGUCUACACCCUCUUCAAUAAGACUUACCGGAGAGCGUUCUCCAGCUACAUCAGGUGCCAGUACCAGACGGGGACAAAAGCUGCCGGACAGAGCUGCAAAACGCUCCUCGUCCCGCAGCCGUGUCCGUCGCAUGCCGUGACCCCGCUGCUGAUGGGAGGUCACGGGAAAGCGGCCGUGGACCGCAACAGUAACUGUCGCAAUGGCAGCAGGGGGGACAACGGGAGACUGACAGUAGACCCGGAGGACACGACGGACGACGGCACGCAGAUCGGGACAGUGUCGCAGAGCCUCUCUGAAUCCCACGUCGGCGCGCUGUCGGAGGCGGAGCCAGAGACGGAGGUGGAGCAGGAGCUGUCGCUCAUCGGCUCCAGAGAGCACACGAGCAGCGUGUGACGGGGGCCGAGAGGAGGAAGCUGUGAGUGACGUAAACCUGCAGGAGACGGAGUUGUUGAGAAAGGACAAGUUUCACUGGAGAAGCAGCAUUUACACCGUUAAGCAGAGAAAUCAAUGAAAAAAUGUUUUCCCCCUGGUUACAAAUGGAUGAAUUCUGCAUGUCACUGAACCCUCUGUGUUAUAACCUGGUGAUGGAGUCAAGUGGGUCCAACCACACAGAUCCCCACGGUCCAAGAGUCAAAAUGCAGUCUGAGCUCUUGUGUGGAUUCUCUUACAGCCAGAAUGAACCAUUUCACAGAGGAGGGGAGGAAAUCCUUCCCCGGGUCUGCUGAGGAAAAACCCAAGAUCAAUGUGCCAAGAUCAGUGGCCUCUGAUAGACUCACAGUGCCAUCUAGUGGUCACACGAGUGAAGAACAUAGCACAGACGCCAACAAAAAGCUCCUGCUUCCUUUUUCUUUCUUUUUUUUUUUUUAACUUAAAGUUAAGUUUUGAAUCAAA